AUGGCGAUAGCCAUGGGCUGGCAGAAGCCCGACAAUGUCGCCGGCUCGUCGGCCCCGGCCAUCAUGGUCGGCCUGUUCGUCGCCUCGGGCGGAUUGCUCUUUGGCUACGACACUGGAACGAUUAACGGUAUCAUCUCUAUGACGGCCUUUCGACGAGACUUCUCGACCGGUUACCUCGAAAAUAUGAAGCCCGCUAUUUCACCCGCCGAAUCCUCCAUCAUCGUCGCAAUCCUGAGUGCCGGCACUGUCCUUGGUGCCCUUCUCGCCGCACCCAUCGGCGAUAGUUGGGGCCGUCGCAUUUCGCUCAUCUUAUCCGCUGGCGUCUUCAGCUUUGGAGGCAUUUUCCAAGUCUGCGCGCACGACAUUCCAAUGCUUCUGGUCGGAAGGUUUUUUGCUGGUGUCGGCGUCGGAUCUAUCUCCGUGCUCGUACCAGUUUAUCAGUCUGAAAUGGCUCCGAAGUGGAUUCGAGGUACCCUCGUCUGCGCCUAUCAACUUUCCAUCACCAUCGGUCUGUUAUCCGCAUCCUUUGUCAACAUCUUGACGUCAAGGCUUGAUUCGGGCGCCGCGUACCGCAUCCCGCUUGGUCUACAACUUGUGUGGGCCGUCGUCUUGACCCUCGGCCUCCUUGUCCUCCCCGAAACACCACGCUUUCUUGUCAAGAAGGGCAAGCCAGAAGCCGCCGGUCUAUCACUUAGUCGCCUCCGCCGCCUCGAUAUUACCCAUCCAGCCCUGCUCGACGAGCUCCAGGAAAUUGUGGCGAACCACGAAUACGAACUGACACUGGGCCCAGACUCCUACAAGGAAAUCUUUUAUGGGUCCCCUCACCUUGGUCGAAGAACUCUCACUGGAUGUUGCCUUCAAAUGCUGCAACAACUCACGGGUAUCAACUUCAUCAUGUAUUAUAGCACAUCCUUCUUCGAUGGAGCCAAGGUCGAGAAUCCCUACGUGAAAGCUCUCAUCAUCAACAUCAUCAACGUUGUGGGAACAGUUCCGGGCCUCUUGGUUAUCGAAUCCUGGGGCCGUCGCAAGCUGCUGAUGGUCGGCGCCAUUGGCAUGGCUGUCUGCCAACUUCUCAUCGCCUCCUUCUCUACGGCCGCCGGUGAGAACCUACAACAGGCCGCACAGACCAUCCUGAUCGUCUUCUGCGCCAUCAACAUCUUCUUCUUCGCAGCAUCCUGGGGCCCUGUAUGUUGGGUUAUCACCUCCGAGAUUUACCCCUUAAAGAUCCGUGCAAAGGCUGCCUCGAUCUCGACCGCUUCCAACUGGCUCCUGAAUUUCGGCAUUGCAUACGGUACUCCGUUUAUGGUUGGCCAAGGGCCGGGCUACGCGGACAUCGGUCCUAAGAUCUUCUUUCUGUGGGGUGCCUUCUGUAUUCUGGCGGUCCUGUUUGUGUGGUGCAUGGUCUUUGAGACCAGCAAGAUUAGUCUCGAACAGAUUGACGAGAUGUACGAACGUGUUGACUAUGCCUGGAACAGCACCAGGUUCGAACCAAGCUGGAGCUUCCAACAAAUUCUGGACGAAGGGUGGUCACCAAGUGGCCAGCCCCCUCCGGAACACGAAUUGCAGCAAACACAGACCAAUUCAACCACACAAACUACGCAAACCUCACAAACAAACUCAAACUCGGCAACAUCAACAAACACCGGCGCGACUGCGAGCUCGACGUCAGCGGAAGCGAAGAUGUUAUCCCAGAUGGGCAAUGUGGACUUCAGCUAUUGA